UCUGGAACAUCUUGUGAAAUAUUUUAUUCCUCUGAGGCUGAGGAGAAAAGGAAGCAGUGACCCGUUGAGUUUGUGGUGCGUGAUGACCGUCACUUACACCGCCAGAGUGGCCAAUGCACGCUUCUGCGGCUUCUCCAAACUGCUGCUGGCCUGGAAGGGAAGCAUCUAUAAGGUCCUGUACAAAGAGUUCCUGGCUUUCUUCGCCAUGUACACGGCAAUCAGCAUCACAUACAGAUUCUUCCUUGUGGACGAUCAGAAGAGAUACUUUGAAAAGCUUUCCAUUUACUGCAACAACUACGCCAGUCUCAUCCCAAUGUCCUUCGUAUUAGGGUUUUACGUGACAUUAAUAGUGAACCGCUGGUGGAAUCAGUACACCUCCAUCCCGCUGCCGGACAGGAUCAUGUGCACGCUCUCGGGGGGCGUUCAGGGCGGGGACGAGCACGGCAGGCUGCUACGCCGCACACUGAUGCGCUACGCCAGUCUGUCCGCGCUCCUGAUCCUGCGCUCCGUCAGCACGGCUGUCUUCAAGAGAUUACCCACCAUGGAUCACGUCGUUGAAGCAGAAUUUUGA